AUGGCGUUCGCAAAACCCGUUCCAGUCGCCACUUCCACCGCUGCUGCCCUUUUUCUGAGCAUCGAGGUACCUUUCUGGUUUCUUGCACUGAAACCUACGAUGGCCCAUCUCGCCACGGUUCCUGCAAGCACCCUUCGUUAUUUCUUCCUUUUCUUCGACAGCCAUGGCUUCGCCAACUUCCUUCCCCUUCCCACCAUUGGUGUGUGUGUAGAAAGUGGUUUGCGUACCUGUUGUGCCAUCGAUACGUAUCGGCUUCAAAACCGACGUCCUGUAUCUGAAUCAGCAUUCGCGUCCGUCGUCAAAAUUCCAAGCUAUAUGCAACCAUGGCCGAUACUCGAGAAAGAUGAACCCUUUGCUAUGUUGCAUGCAAAGUUUUGGGACAAGAGCAUGGUGGUCGAGGAGCAGCGGUGGCUCAAGGCACAGCAAGCCAGUCCUGCGACGGGGAGUGAGUAUGGGUUACGGGAUCAGGAAGGGGAGGAGCGCAUGGACGCCGUCGAUAACGAAACCAUGGAUGAGGCAACGACAAUGGACCCAGAAGACGACAUCAUUUCUGGUUGUUACAUGCUCGACAUCGACAUCGAUGAACUCGAGCUUACAAGUUUGUGGAUUCGAGCUGAAUACAUCCGUGUUUUCAAUUUGGUUAACGCUUAUUAUGACAAGCCCACGUCGGUGCGUAGGGCACCCUGUGUAGUCGUCACAGGCCAACCAGGGAUCGGUAAGAGUGUAUGGGUCUAUUACGCUUUGCGCCGAUGCCUUGCCGAAAGGAAACCGGUCAUUUGGUACUACCAAAAGCACUGCUACUUGUUUGUGGAGGAGGGUGUCUACGUGAUGCCUGACCAUUUUCAGAAAGCUCACUUCAAACGAUUUAUCUGGACUUUGGUCGAUUCCGAUGAGGCCAAGGAGGGCGUUCCUGAAUAUCUAGUCCCGCACGGGACUCGACUUUUUGUCAUCUACUCAACCUCUCCACGCCGUGACAGGUGGUCGCGUCUACACAAGACGGUGCGCCCGAUAGUCGCAAUCAUGAAUCCAUGGGAAAGGAAAGAAAUCUUACGAGUUGCAUCGACAUACACGCUAGAUGGAAUCAAUGAGUCUCGGACGAACGAAAUAUUCGACCAGCUUGGUCCUACCCCUCGUCUCUGCAUCGAUUAUCAACUAGACUCUAUGGCUAUGAGGCAAUACGAACAGGACCUCCGCACCGCAAUGAUCUCGGUGAUCACGACAGACAAACUCGAAUCAUUGGCGUGGUCACUCCCAUCACUCCUUACAUCCAAUCAAGACUCUCCAAUGGAACGCAAGGAACAUUUACGUCUCUACAAGGGCUUUGCGGUGCGUGAACGGAUAGCUGGUGUUUUCUUCGAGGCUGUUGCACAGACGGCCCUCCAGGAGGGAAUCACACUCGAGCUUGUUCCAGUGAUAAAGUCGGACGAAGCUAGACACGAAUUUUUGACCGUUCGCAACUGA